AUGUGGACAUAAGAGGAUCUAGAUUAAUUAUUAAAUUGUAUUGCAUGUUUUAAUGAUGACAUUAAAAGUGUCGACAACUGCAAUUUCUUAAAGAAUGUUUCAGACUAGCUUAUACAUUUAAUUAGUAUAAGAAAUAAUUAAUUUUUAUAAAUCAUCAAUUUUACAAUUAUUCUUAUUAAGAUCUUUCAAAACUUAUUACCUAAGUCCAACUAUAAUAGAUACAAUUAGUAUCUAUUGGAGUAGGUAUUAAUAAAUACACAAAUCGAUCGAUUGAAGGAAUUUUUCAUUUUCCAUUAAUUGAUUCUGAUGAUUUAUAUUAAUUAAUAAAAGAUUUAUUUGAAAAGAAGAGUCAAUAAAUUUUGGAGGCAACAAAUUUUGAGUUUGAGGUUGAUAAUAAAAGAUUUCCAUCAGAGCUUUAACUUUAACCAUUUGAGUCGAGUGCAUAAAAUAAAAAUGUAUGUUUGAAUAGAUACUUUAAUUAUGUACAAAAUGAUGAUUAGAAUUAAUAAAAUGAUGAUUAGAAUUAAUAUAAUGAAAAUUCAUAAAAUUAAUAAUAUUAGAUAUUCAUUCCUGAAUUACUUGUGGAAGAUGCUAUUGUAAAAGUUGAUAAUUGUUCGGCAAUAGCUAUAAAUAAAAAUUGCUCUAUUGUGGUUGCAGGAUAUCAUAAUAUAAUAAAAAUAUUUAAACUCAAAUAAGAAAUGUUGAUAGAAACUCAAAAUUUAAAGACACAUUAGGGAGAAAUAGUAGUUUUGAAUUUUAUGAAUUAGUCUAAUCAAUUUAUAUCUGGAAGUAAAGAUAAUUAAAUUAUUAUAUGGUCGAUUAAUAACAACCAUGAAUGGAUUUUCUAAUCUAAAUUAGUUGGACAUAAUGAUAAAAUUACAUGUUUAGUUUUGAAUAACAACGAAGAUCUGAUAGUUUCUGGAAGUAAUGAUUAGACAAUUAAAUUUUGGACAAAAAAUAUUUAAUGUGAGUGUCAAUAAACUAUUGAAGAACAUAACAGUGGUGUAAGGCAUUUGAGCAUAAAUUAACAAUAGAAUAAAGUGAUUUCAUGUGGAAAGGAUAACAAUAUUUUUAUUAUUGAAUGUUCAAAAUAAAACUCUCAAUGGAUAAUUAUAUAAAGGAUCACUGAAGUAUGUCAUCGAUUAUGUUUUAUUGAUAAUGAUUUAUUUGCACUUAUAAAGAAUUUUGGAGAGGCCUUAGAUAUAUAUGAAAAUAAUCAUUUUAAUAAAUAAUUUGAGUGGAAAUAGUCAAUUAGAUCUUUUAAUCUUUGGUUGAUGAUAUUAUUCUUCUAAACCAUACCAAUUAUAAUAUUUAGAUUCUAAAGGCCUGCUUGUAAUUAAGAGACUGGAUGUUUUAUAAUUUUUCAGAAAUAAUAAAGAUGGCAAGUUUGA